AUGUCCGACCGUCUGGCAGCCUAUCGUUCGCAGCGCCCCGAGCCAGCCCACGAACUCAGUAAUUUGACUGCGAACGGCUCUGGUUCUGACACCGCGGCUUCGAGCAGAGCGGAUUUCUUAAGUGAGAGCAAUGAGAUAACCUCAUUGCAAGUGGCGAUAAACAACCUAACGAACAAUGUACGCUACAUUGCAAAGCUUCACACGCGCUCAUUGAGCACCACGGCAGCGGAUGAGGCAGUCACGAGAGAAUUAGCAAUUAUCAAAGAAGAGACGAGCAAACUUCAGAAUGAUAUACGGGACAGGAUAGCGUAUCUGGCUAACCAGCCCGGUGAUGACAUGAGGGUUAACCAGACUAAACUCAUACGGAAAAGGUUCAUGGAAGUACUUCAGGACUACCGACGCGCCGAGCAGGACUUCACCAAUAGGUCGAAACAGCGUGUCGGACGUCAGUUUAGAGUCGUAAAACCCGACGCAACGGAUGAGGAAGUCAAGCAAGUCAUCGACGCCAGCGCCAGCGGGACAGAGAUAUUCUCGGAAGCCGUUCUUGCCUCAUCUUACGGUGAGGCACGUUCGGCCUAUCGCGAAGUGCAGUCCCGCCAGCAGGAUCUCGCUCAAAUGGAAAGGACUAUGGCGGAACUGGCUCAGCUGUUCAAUGAUAUGCAAGUAAUUGUCGAACAACAUGAUGACCGGAUCAAAGAAAUUGAACACACGGCGCAGGAGGUGAAUGUUAACACUGAGAAGGGAACGAAACUCACAGAGGAGGCUGUACGGAUUGCGCGCAGAAUCCGCAAGAAGAAAUGGAUUUGUUUCUGGAUCUGUGUUUUCAUCGUCGCUCUCCUCGCUCUCAUUCUCGGACUAUACUUUGGAGAGCCCGCCAAACGUCAAGAAGGACCGUUUACACUUUCGGCUGUGGAGCGGAGACGGAGUGAAAUGAAGAGUGCUAGCAAACAUCUGACAGGAUAUAUUUCCGCCACCAUGGUCAGCCACGAUUUGCUGAACUUUACUCCGGCUACUAUACUGACCGUUCUCGAGAUGUAG